UAGUAGAGGCAAAUGCAAGUUGGCAUUUUUGAAAUAAAAUUUUUAUAUAUUUCAGCGAGUUUACAGUUUUCUGUAGCAUUAACGUCAACAAACGUCAAAUUUGUUUUUUGAGGUUAUAAAAUCAGUUGAGUCGAUUUUAGUUUAAUUCCAGAAUGCAGCCAAAUAUUGCUCACGAUUUAGACGCAAAAGAGAGGACGAAAGACGUAAUUCUAGACGAAAACAUCGAUUUUGCAUCACUGUUACUUCCCGAUGACAUAAAAAAGGGGCUGUCGGCGAGUGGUUUUAAGAAACCCUCUCCAAUUCAGUUCAAAGCAAUUCCUUUAGGACGAUGUGGUUUUGAUUUAAUUGUGAAAUCCAAGUCGGGGACCGGCAAAACCUUAGUUUUUUCAAUUAUCGCUUUAGAGACUGUUAAUCCGGCCAAAGACCACUUACAAGUCUUAAUUUUAGUCCCGACACGGGAAAUAGCUGUACAAAUUGAAGACGUGUUGCGCAACGUUGGGUGUCACAUUAAUGGUCUCCUUAUCGAGAGUUUUAUUGGUGGUAGACCUCUAGAAGACGACGUUAAGAAAUCCUCCAAGUGCCAUAUCGCGGUGGGGGCCCCCGGCCGAGUCAAACAUUUGCUAAAAGUGGGGGCUUUAAACACAAACCUCGUCAAACUUUUUAUCCUAGACGAAGCCGACAAAUUAAUGGAGACAAGCUUCCAGUCUGAUAUUAACGACAUUUACACCAGUUUGCCCCCACGUAAACAAAUGAUCGUUUCGAGCGCCACGUACCCCCAAGAACUGGACACUUUCUUAGCCAAUUACAUGCUCUCACCGACUCACGUGACUUCCGAAAAUGAGACUCCACUUCUACUAGGCCUGAAACAAUUCGCCGCUGUGUUAACCCCCGGCCUUAACGCUGUCCAACAAAUGAAACACAAAAACGACCUCUUGAUUAAUAUACUUGCAAAAGUCUCAUUCACUCAAUGUCUAAUUUUCACUAAUUACCAAUCACGAACUGAGACUGUCUCGAAUUACCUCAACCAGAAAGGCUGGGAUUCGGUGUUCAUCUCCGCGGCCCAGAAACAAACCCAGCGAUUAGAAGCGAUCGACAAUUUGAAAAAAUUCAAAAACCGGAUUUUGCUCUCAACUGAUUUGACUUCGAGGGGCAUCGACGCCCCCAAUGUCGAUCUUGUGAUCAACUACGACCUGCCUUGCGACGCUGUGACUUAUUUACACCGGAUGGGGCGCGCUGGGCGCUACGGCUCAUCCGGAAUUUGCAUCAACUUUGUCUCAGGACAGGAAGUGAGCAAAUUGCAAAGUAUUUUGGGGGCCAUUGGGGCCACCAACUUAUCAAUUGCGAAAUUACCACCAUUAAAUGGGGUUGAUUUGUGGCAAGUCGAGUUGAGUAGUUUGGAACAAAUUUGGGGGGUCGUGCCUGACGAUAUCAAUGAAGUUAACACUCUGAAAAAGGAGGUUUUGGAGUUGAAACAAUGCAAAAAACGGGAGAUAAUUGAGAAUUUGGAUAAUUCUGGUGAUAAUAGAAAUAAAGAUGAUGAUGAGGGGAAAAAACGGAAGAGAAUUAAUGUGGAAGUUAGUCCAGACUUGCAGAAAGAGAAGCGUAAAAAUGAUGUCAAACAAGAGACUUUUUGUAAAAAUAAAGCUCUCUUGAACUUGACUAAAAUUUUACUAGAUCCCGGGACCAAAAUAGAUGGGGAUAUAACAGAAUCACUUGAUAAUUAUCUCAAGAUCUUGAAGGAAGAUGAUGUUAACGAAAUUCCGAUUAUUACUCCCAAAGUGGAAGAUUUUAUGGAGGAAAUAUUUAAGAUCGGGUAUGAAUGUGCUAUUGGUAGUGGAGACAAAACUUGGUCGGAUUAUUUGCCUUUGGAGGAGGUUCAAAAGUUCCAAGAUGUUUGUCGCGAGGAGGAAUUCACUGUUGCUGACAUUAAAAAUGAGUUUGAGGAGGAGGAAGAAGAAUGUGAGGAAGAGGAAGAUUACGAAAUGGAAGAAGAACCAGUAGAAAAUGUGCAAGCAGAUGAUGUGACUCUCGAGUGGGUUCCAGUGGUUCAAGAAGCCCCAAAUUCGCGUAGCAAACAUUUCGAGCAAUGUUUUGAGGAUUGUAGUGGUGUUUUAUGGCAGAAUGGUUUGAGUUUUGAGUCGGUUGAGAAUUUCGACGAGUGGUUUUACCAGUGGCAGGAGUCGCUCCAAUCCGUCCGAAAUUACGUUCAACAGAACAUUUACAUUGAAGAAAUGGGUAAAUAUCAAGAAAGGAGAACAAGAAGUAAUAAAUAACGGAUGUUUCCCUUGUCCCGCCUUGAGCUGUUCCUGUCGUAAUAAAUAAUAUAAAACCUGUUAAGUGUGUGCGUCUUAUUUUCGUGAUAGCGGUUCAGUGACUUUAUAACAAGAGCAAUGCAAACAACAAUUUUAUUUUUCUGAGAACAACGAGAUAAUAAUUCAUUCGGGGUCGGCAAUAAGUUGCGCAAAAUAAAACCGGAAAUGCGGUAAAUGCAUAAUUAGCGAGUGCAUUAACCAUCUGGUAAAAGUGCAUAAAACAAUGAAAUGCAAAUGAUGCAGUGGACUUUAUCGGAGGUUAGAUGCAAUGUCGGCGUUUGAUGUCCUAAAUCUGGGGGUUUUUGUCGUGUUUGUUGCAUGUUUCGAGGAUUAUCUGGAUCUUGGCACGCCAAACAAUCGCUCCAAGGUGAAAAAGACGACGGCCUCUGUGAUCGUGACGCGAGAAACGAGAAUCGGGGCUUGGGAAAAUUAAUUCGGAAAUUAUCGAAAAACUGUUUAUUUCAUUAGUACACAAAAAUAAAAUUUUUAUUUUCGUAA